GGGGUGCCCGCUCUAGGCUCACGCUGUCCACCCUCCGGGCAGGGGUCCACACCUCUGGGUGUCUGCCCUUCCUGCAUGCCUCAGCCCGGCUCCUCCCUGCCUCUGCCUGCUGCUUUGUCCCGUGAAGCCUGCAGGCCCCGGCCCCUGCCCCACCCCGGGAAAACACUAAGACAGGACCUGUGACUCGCCUGAGCCCAGAGAAGCAGCAUGUGACGGGAGGACUUGGGCCGCGUGCCCUGCCCCACCCAUGAGUUUCCUUGAGGUUCCGGGAGAGCCCUUGUUUGGGGGGGGGGGGCAGGUGACUGCCUCCCCUUCCUCAGGAGUGCUGCCCUUCCGCCCGCCCCCACCACAUCUCCUGGUCGGCGGGCUCAGGGGCCCCUCAGCCGUCCACCAUGGGGAUGGGGCGGUGCUAGGUGGGGACUGCUGUGUGCGCCCUGGGAUCACUUGCUGAGUGGAGACAGAGGGGGCUGUGCAGCAGGGCGCACUGGCUCCUAAGUUGUGUCGCUGCUGAGUUGGGCAGGGGAGAGAUUGUGGGGGAUGGCAUGGCCCAGUUGCUCAGGCCUCCUGGGGUCACGGGAUGGCGCACCACACAGGUGAGGAGGGGGCGCGGUCUUUACAGCGCUGCUGGCCCGGAGCCAAGUGGAGCUCAGAGCUUUGGGACAGGUGGCUGGCAGUGCCCUGCCUUUGGCUGUGUGCCCAGCCUCCACCCUAGGCGCAGGACCAGCCGUGGGACAGGAACUGUCUGUGCUCAGGCCGGAGAGUUGAUAUUUGUGCGGCCGCCGCAGGGUCGGACAGGCUCUGGCAACACGCGGACAGCGGACCUCCACGACUGUCCCCAUGCGGAGUCCCUCCUUUCCCUCGUGGGGGCCGCCGCCGCCGCCGCCGCCGCCGCUGCAGCUGCUACUGCUGCUGUUGCCAUGGCCAGUCUGGACCCAGGCGCCCGCCGCAGCCGCCUCCUGGGGAACCCCGGGCGCCCUAGACUGCCCCGAGGCCUGCGUGUGCGCGCCGGGGGGCCAGGCCAACUGCUCGGGGCGCGCGCUGCCCGCCGUGCCAGGGGGCUUGAACCGGCGCGUCCGCGUGCUGCUGCUGAACCACAACCGCGUGCACGCGCUGCCUCCGGGCGCCUUCGUGGAUGCCGGCGCGCUGCUCCGCCUGGACCUGCGCGAGAAUGGACUGCGCUGGGUGCACGCGCGGGCCUUCUGGGGCCUGGGCGCGCUGGAGCAGCUAGACCUCAGCGCCAACCAGCUAGAGGGGCUGCUGCCCGGCACUUUCGCGCCACUGCGCGCUCUGCGCGCCCUCUCGCUGGCUGAGAACCGGCUGGCGCGCCUAGAGCCCGCGGCGCUGGGCGCGCUCCCGCUGCUGCGCGCGCUCAGCCUGCAGGACAACGACCUGCCUGCGCUCCCGUCCGGGCUCCUGGCUGGCCUGCCAGCUCUCAAUACGCUGCGCCUGCGCGGCAACCCCUGGACCUGUGGCUGCGCGCUGCGCCCACUCUGCGCCUGGCUUCGCGGACACCCGCGGCACGCGCCAGAGGCCGAGACGCUGCUUUGCGUAUCGCCGGGGCGCCUGACGCUCAGCCCCUUGACCGCCUUCCCGGACGCCGCCUUCAGCCACUGCGCGCGGCCCCUUGCCGCCCAGGAUCUGGCCGUGGUCUAUGCUCUCGGGCCCGUCUCCUUCCUCGCUAGCCUGGCCGCCUGUCUGGCCCUGGGCUCCGCGUUCACUGCCUGCGGCGCUCGCCACCGCCGCCGCCGCCGCCGCGCCGCCGCCCGCCGCCAGCAGAGGCGGCAGCCGGAUCCUGGCCCCGGCACAGCCUCGCCUGCGGCCACCGCCGCCCAAGCUUGAGGGGCCGCGGCCGCCCUCGAACCUCUCCCCACCCGCUUGCCCCUCCCGCAUUCCUGACGGCGUCAACAAGCGACUCAGCUCGAAA